AUGAAGGUCGACAGCACGUCAACUCUGCCCAUCCGAGGCCUAGCACCGAACGUGAAACAAUCCACAAAGCCAGUCCGUUCCGAUCAGAUCGCGAUGUUUGCGCGAGUCAUCUCUUAUCCACCCCUGGGACAGUUGACCUGUGUCCGAAAGCCCCAAGCUUCAUGCAGCCAGGAUCUGCGAUUCACCGUCACAAUCGAAUCCAGCAGCUCCUUCCCCGCACAGCACUGGGAAGCGCAGAUAUGGCACAAUAUCACCGAUUCUGAAUGGACUGCACUGCAAUUACAAGAAUGCGAUACGGAAACUGCGCCGUUAUUAACUGGAACCAAGUCUGACUGCCAUCACUUUCGCCAUGUAUUCUCGGGGGAAAUCACCCUACCCGAAGCAGGGGGCCAUGCGCAAUUCACAGUCCGGUUUCGCACUGGCCCUGAUACAGACUGGCAGUGGGCUAACCAGAAACAUCCCGUCAGUGACGGAGAAAUAAUUUAUUGUCCACGUUCUGCUUUUGACGCGAGAGCAUCGACCGAGGAAUCCGAUUCAAAGUCCAGAGAGGACCUUGGGAGGUACAUCGACAAUCUAUCAGAUCAAGUGGAGGUCACAUCGCGAUCUAGCGAGGCACCUGGGGCUCUGCUAUGGUCCAUCACAGGAGAUGUAGCCCCUGCGACAGACGAAAAAUCGAGUUACAAAACUCUUGUUCUUGGCACUCCGUCUUCGACAGCGAGGUAUCUUUCCCUGGUGCGGGUUUGGAGUCCCUGGUUGGGACCUAGGCAUGGAAGGGAUCAGUUCCAUCUUGCCGAGGAUGCGGUACUAUGUUCAUUCCUACGCACAGAUGGGACGCACCUGGUCCUUUUGGCGGUGUCGGGAAUAAAUGAUGUCCUGACUAUAUUCCAGUCGGGCCACGAUGGUGAAGUGGUUGUCAAAGCGAGGAGCGACAACGUCACACCCGCAAGCUUUCAUGUCCUUGUAGCAGCAGCAGAUGAUUUUGAAAUCGCUAUGUGUGCUGUGGUGUAUGAGGCACGGAAGGUGGUCAGACCGUUCGCUGUGUCUAAUCCUGCGAAUGAAGAGCAGGCUCCUCCAUCGCCCCUAGGAGACGAUGUGGUGGUUGUGGAAAAAGAUCCAGCUGCUCAGUGGUUGUCGGAAUGGUUUGAUGGGUUGACUUACUGCACCUGGAAUGGCUUGGGGCAGGAUCUCACAGAGAAAAAGCUCCUGGAAGCUUUGGAUUCAUUGAGAGACAAUGGGAUUAACAUAGUGAAUCUUAUAAUCGACGAUGGAUGGCAGACAAACGACCACGAAGGAGAAUCACAGUUCAAGCGAGGAUUGAAACAAUUCGAAGCACACCCAGAAGGAUUCCCCAAUGGACUGAAACGGACCGUGGAUCUGAUACGCCAGAAGAACCCCAGAAUCGAACAUAUCGCUGUGUGGCAUGCCUUGCUGGGCUAUUGGGGCGGCAUCUCUCCUGACGGCGCUUUAGCACAGAGGUUCAAAACCAAGCAAGUGAGAAUAAAAGACUCUGCAGCCAAUGGACCCAUUGCCCAGAAUCUCCCAGAGGGGAGAAUCGUCGCAAUUGACCCAGAAGAUAUCCAGCGCUUCUACGACGGGUUCUACAACUAUCUAAGCUCUGCGGGUAUUGACUCGGUCAAGACCGAUUGCCAGUUCUUCCUUGACCUUCUGGACGAUCCUGCAGACCGAACAAGCUUCAUGACAUCUUACCAAGACGCCUGGUCUAUUGCUUCCCUCAAGCAUUUCGGCACUCGGUCAAUAUCAUGUGGCUCGAUGACACCGCAGAUAAUGUUCCACUCCCAAAUGCCAACUAACAAACCAACUCUCCCCCUGCGGAACUCCGACGACUUCUUCCCUGAAGUACCUGCCUCGCAUCCAUGGCAUAUAUUCUGCAACGCACACAACUCCCUAUUCACCCGUUAUCUCAAUGUGUUGCCAGACUGGGACAUGUUCCAAACAAGUCAUCCGUACGCAUCAUUCCACGCCGCAGCAAGAUGUGUAUCAGGAGGACCAAUCUACAUCACCGAUGAACCUGGAAAACACGACAUCUCCCUGCUGGAUCAAAUGACAGCGCAGACCGUGACAGAUAUCACGGUGAUUCUCCGACCCAGCAUUAUCGGACGGACCAUGGACAUAUAUAAUGAUUACAACGAAGGGCAAGUUGUGCGCAUUGGAAGCUAUACCGGCUGGGCAAAGACGGGAAGUGGCAUUUUGGGCCUUUUCAACAUUCGCUCCGACGAGGCAUCGACUAUUGUGUCUUUGAUGGAUUUCCCUGGAAUCCACGAGGAUUCACAGGGUCUAUACAUUGUCCGUGCGCACACAAGUGGGAAGAUGUCAAAUCUUUUGCGGCCGUUGAGCAAUGACUCUCUGGUGUCGAUCGUACUCGAGCCGAAAGGAUGGGAGAUUCUUACCGCGUAUCCUACCCUUUCGUUUUCGCUCAAGGGGAGUCAUGGAGACAGCUCACCGGGCGAUAAUCUUACUCAUGUCGCUGUGUUGGGACUAUUGGGCAAAAUGACUGGUGCAUGUGCUGUGGUUUCCUCGGGAAUGUCAAUGGUUGAGAGUGGUCGCUUGCGAAUCAAUAUCAGUUUGAAAGCCCUGGGAACGGUGGGUGUCUAUAUCUCGGAUCUGCAGUACCGAAGCAUUGAGAGCCUGAUGGUUAUGAUCUUGGGGAGACCUGUGCCUCAGAAGACAGUUUGGAAGGAGGGUGGAGACAGUUCUACCGUGCUGGCGAUCGAUAUAUUCGCGGCAUGGAAGGCGAUGAAGCUAGACAGUGGCUGGAGCAACGAGGCCCUGGUGCAGGUUUAUGUAGGUUAA